CCGGCGCCCUGCUGUCGGCCGUCACCCACCACAUGUCUCACCGGGAAGGCGGUCAGUUCGCGAGCGUGGCGGGCCUGGGUGACCUGACGCCCAAGACGCACAAGUCGGCCCGGGCCAUGGCCGAGAAGUUCUGCAGGUCGACGUUCGCGGCGACGCACGGCUACGCGGCGUCCCGCGUCGACCGGCGCCUGCCGAUGGCGGCGCUUCGCUCCUGCGCCUACUCGCUACACGCCACCGAGCAGCUGCUGCGCGAGUCGGGCCGGCCGCUGCUGGCCGAGCCGGGCAGCCGCGCGCACCUCUGCCUGGCGCAGCUAGUGCGCCUGUGCUCCACGCUGACGCCGCUGCCGUAA